UCUCCUCCCUCUGUAAGAGAAGCUUUGUUGAAUUCAUUGGACUUUCUGCACAAACACCAUUCCUUAGCAUAUUUGGAACCUUGUUUCUAUUCAAUGUUCUUGUAAAAAUCCCACCUCUUCAUCUAAUUUUUUGUUCAAGCCAAAUUCCAGUUGAGAAAUAAUGGCAGAAGGUUCAGUAACCUUUCUACUAAUGAAGCUCUCAGAAAUUCUGACAGAUGAAAGCAACCUCUUGUUUGGCGUUAAGGGAGAUGCUAAAUACAUCAAAGACGAGUUAGAGUUCUCGUUGGCCUUUUUAAGAGUUGCAGAGUCAAGCGAUGAGGAGGAGAUUGACCCUUUGUUCAAAGUGUGGGUGAAGAACUUGAGAGAUGUGGCCUAUGAGAUGGAAGACGUUCUUGCUGAUUUCAUGCUGCAUCUUGCACAUGAUCAUGGACAUGGCGUCUGUAAUUGUCUUAAUAAAACUUCAGACUUCAUUAUAUCUUUGAAAGCUCGUCAUCAAAUUGCUGCAACAAUGCGAGACAUCAGAACCAGGAUAAAGGAAAUCAAGACCAGAGUAGAAGACAUCUCGAAAGCACGUACGUCAUUCAAUCACAUCAUUUCAAAAUGGCGAGGAGUCAACUAUAGCGGUGGAGUAGACCUGGCUGCGCAACAGGAUCCCCUUCUACUGGAGGAAGCCAAUCUAGUAGGCAUUGAAAUGCCUAAAGGGAAGCUUAUUGGGUGGCUUCUGGGAAGCAAAUCACAGCUUGAAGUGGUCUCGGUGGUUGGAACGGGAGGCGUGGGUAAAACCACAUUAGUGAAACGAGUCUACGAGAAUUCCCAAGUUAAGAAACACUUCAAAUUUUGUGCUUGGAUUAUUCUUACUCAAUACUUCAAGACAAGAGACCUCUUACAAGACAUUGUCCGACAGCUAUACCAUGUGCUCAGGGAGCCAAGUCCUGAAGGAUUUGACACCAUGAGCGACCAUGAGCUAAGGGUGGGAAUAAAGAAAUUUCUUCAACAAAGAAGGUACCUUAUAGUCUUGGAUGAUGUCUGGAGUAAUGAAGCCUGGAAUGUUUUUAAACAUGCAUUUCCAAAAAACACUGAAGGGAGCCGAAUAUUGCUUACAACCCGCAUAAGUGAAGUUGCCAAAAAUGCCUCCAUCGAAUCUCCUAAUAGAAUCUAUGCAUUAGAUUCAUUAUCUUCAAAAGACGCUUGGACUUUGUUUUGCAAGAAGACAUUUCAGAGCAACUCUUGUCCUCCCCAUCUGGAAAAUGUAUCACAACAAAUCCUUGGCAGGUGCGAGGGACUGCCAUUGGCAAUCAUUGCAAUCAGUGGUGUUCUAGCAACAAGGGACAACACUAGGAUAGAUGAAUGGGACAUGGUUUAUAGAAGCCUUGGCGCUGAAAUACAGGCCAACCAAAGUCUCGGGAAUAUGAAGAAAGUAUUGUCACUUAGUUACUAUAAUUUGCCAUACUACCUCAAAUGUUGUUUACUCUACUUCAGCAUCUUUCCUGAAGGCUAUCCGAUUGAGCAUAGGAGACUUGUUCGAUUGUGGGUUGCAGAAGGAUUCGUGGUAGAAACAGAAGGAAGGAUGUUAGAGGAAGUUGCAGAAAGUUACUUGAAUGAGCUACUAGAAAGAAGCUUGGUCCAAGUUGUAGAGGCUGCUAGCGAUGGUCGGGUCAAAAAAUGUCGUAUCCAAGGCAUUCUGCAUGAGAUCAUCAUUUCCAAGGCAAAAGAUCAAGGUUUUGCAGCAAUAACCAAAGAAGAAAGCAUGAUAUUGCCUGAAAGAGUUCGCCGCCUUUCUAUACAGAAUGUCAGGGCAAGAAUACAAAGAAUAAGUCAGUUUACUUCUGCCUCAGGACUUCGUUCUUUGCUCGUGUUCUCGGAGCUAGAUAUUUUACCUGAGUCUCCAUUAUUUGAUCUUUCUCUCAGGGAUUUAAGAAUGCUCAACGUGUUAGAACUGGGUGGCACGCAUUUGCAAGAAUUUCCAAAUGAAGUUACUAACCUCUUGCUAUUGAAGUAUCUAAGUUUGAGAAAUACAGAUGUGAACUACAUCCCAAACUCAAUUGGCAAUCUGCAGUACCUAGAAACCUUAGAUCUAAAGAAUUCUCGGGUCACAGAAUUGCCAACUGCAAUUCUGAAGCUCCAAAAACUUCGCCAAAUACUUGUGUAUCGCUACGAGACAAAGUUUGAUGAUCAGAUGGAAACCAAGCAAACAAUUGGCUUUAAGCUACAAACUCAUAUAAGAGGUCUACGGUCUCUCCAAAAGCUAUGCUUCUUAGAAGCAAAUCCAAACUCAAUGAAAGAAAUAGGAGAACUGACUCAACUGAGAAGGUUAGGUAUUGUGAAUUUAAGGAAAGAAGAUGGCGUUCAUCUUUGUCCUUCCAUUGCAAAGCUGACCAACCUUCGUGCAUUAUCUGUUGCAUCAACCAUUGCAAGCGAGUCCCUUGAUUUGGGUUAUAUAUCUUCACCCCCUAAAUUUCUUCAACGAUUAUAUUUGAAAGGACGUUUAGAGAGACUACCUGACUGGAUUUCUUCACUUGAGAGUUUGGAAAAGGUAGUCUUGAAAUGGAGCAAGCAAAGUGGAGAUCCGCUUGUAUCUCUUCAACAUUUACCCAAUUUAGUACAUGUUGAGUUUGUACAGGUUUAUGACGGACAGCUAUUGAACUUUCAGGCUGAAGGAUUCCCAAAACUUAAGUUUUUGGUUCUUAACAAAUUAGAUAGACUCAAAGAGAUAGUUAUCGAGAAAGGAGCAAUGCCUUGUCUGCAAAAGCUAAUUGUCCAAAACUGUGGACUGUUGCAGAGGGUUCCAUCAGGCAUUGAACAUCUUACUCGCCUGAUGGUACUAGAAUUUACAAAUGUGCCUGUGAAUUUAAUCUUGACACUGCAUCCUGACCGAAAUGAUGGAGAUUAUCUAAAAAUUGCACGGGUACCGGAGGUCUAUUUCCACACCUACUGGAAUAAUGGUAGAUGGGAUGUCUUUUCUUUAGAGAUAUUCAGAAAAGAUGAACCUUACUCUCACCAAUCCUCACAGUUGUGGAUUGGUGAUCAUCCAGUUGAAGUUUCCUCCCCUCAGGAGACCAUCUCUACUCAACCUGUCACAGCUCCGGUUGCUUCAACUCCAGCUUCAAUGAUUUCAGCUUCAAAUGGGGUGGAAGACAACCCAGGUUCAUCUGCAAUACCCCCUUCCUUGAUUCCUACCACAACUGAACCGUCAACAUCUAAUUCCCAACCUUCUGCAUCAAUUUUUAGAGAAUCAGAAGCAACAACUAGCUUGAGUAAGGUAUUAUUAUCACUUUUAACCUUGGCUUGUUGAAAUUUCAAACUG